AUCGAACUACAGAGAUCUCUGCUUUAGAAACCAUUCUCGUGGCUGCGUGAAUCGAGAAGCAGCGCUGAUUGUUUGCUCCUCCUCAUCCUGCUGCGUCGCGUCCUUCCCUCUCGAAUUCGACAGUGCUCGCCUGGUGACGAGCGGCAGUUGAAAUGUCGGAAAGCGGCGUAGAAACUGACAAGAACAUCGAGAUAUGGAAAAUUAAGAAGCUCAUCAAGGCGUUGGAGUCCGCCCGCGGCAACGGCACGUCCAUGAUCUCACUCAUCAUGCCGCCCAGGGAUCAGGUGUCUCGAGUGACGAAGAUGCUUGGAGACGAGUUUGGAACAGCGUCCAACAUUAAGAAUAGGGUGAACAGGCAGUCCGUGUUGGGAGCCAUCACUUCUGCGCAGCAGAGGUUGAAGCUUUACAACAAAGUCCCGCCCAACGGGCUUGUGUUGUACACGGGAACAAUUGUCACGGAUGAUGGCAAGGAGAAGAAAGUAACGAUCGAUUUCGAGCCCUUCAAGCCUAUCAAUGCUUCUCUUUAUCUUUGUGAUAAUAAGUUUCACACAGAAGCCUUGAACGAGCUGUUGGAAUCAGAUGACAAGUUUGGGUUUAUUGUGAUGGAUGGUAAUGGUACCUUGUUUGGAACUCUGAGCGGGAACACGCGAGAGGUGCUGCAUAAGUUCACGGUGGAUUUGCCAAAGAAACACGGUCGUGGAGGGCAAUCUGCCCUUCGUUUUGCCAGGCUGCGAAUGGAGAAGCGUCACAACUAUGUCAGAAAAACGGCCGAGCUGGCGACUCAGUUUUACAUCAAUCCAGCGACGAGUCAGCCUAAUGUAUCAGGUUUGAUCCUUGCAGGUUCAGCGGAUUUCAAGACGGAAUUGAGUCAGUCCGACAUGUUCGAUCCUAGGUUGCAAGCGAAGGUGCUGAAUGUGGUGGAUGUUUCCUACGGAGGAGACAACGGUUUCAACCAGGCAAUCGAGCUUUCAGCUGAGAUUCUUGCGAACGUCAAGUUUAUCCAGGAAAAGAGGUUGAUAGGGAAGUACUUCGAUGAGAUCAGCCAAGACACAGGGAAAUACGUGUUUGGAAUCGACGACACGUUGAAGGCUUUGGAGAUGGGUGCCGUGGAGACUUUGAUCGUGUGGGAGAAUUUGGAAACGAAUCGAUACUCUCUAAAGAAUGCAGUGACAGGAGAGGUGGUGAUCAAGCAUCUGAACAAAGAACAAGAAGCGGAUCAAUCGAACUUCAGGGACGCUGAAACGCAGGCAGAAUUGGAGGUUCAGGAAAAGCUGUCGCUUUUGGAGUGGUUUGCAAACGAGUAUAGGCGGUUCGGCUGCACGUUAGAAUUCGUGACGAACAAGUCGCAGGAAGGGUCACAGUUCUGUCGAGGUUUCGGUGGUAUUGGAGGCAUUUUGCGCUAUCAGCUGGAUAUGCGGACGUUUGACGAACUGUCUGAUGGAGAUUACGGCGGCAGUGACGAGGAUUAUUAGAUGAAGACUCUGUUUUAUUUAUGUAUCGAUUAUGUUUGUUCCGAAGAGGGCAUCCUUAGUUUAGAUAUACUGGUCAGUCUAUCACCAAUUGUUGUAUGAGAUCAUUUGGAUCAACUGAACGCGUUGUAGGGUAAGAAGCCUCGUAAGCGUGAUUAUUUUGGAGCAGAUUGUGCAUGGGUUUUUGUAUUGACGCUCAAUUCUGAGGGAAGUGUUCGAGAGAAAACUUUACAAAUGUUUUCUGGUUAUUUGCUCUGAGAUAUCAUAGGCGAGUUUGUAGAAACUAACAGUUGGCCAGGCUGGCAGCACACCCAACUCCCAUAUUGUAGUUUUGCUUCGCCUCUAAGAACUGGCAAGUGAAAGUCGAGCAUUCUGUGUAGUGUUUUGUGAAGGUGAAGUUAUCUUUUAGAACAGAA